CUGUGUAUUUAAAGCUGCAGAUGUUCCUUCACAGCCUGCAGAGCCACGGCGACUCUGAGCUCCGUCACAACCAUGGUUUUCUGCAGACUGCUGCCCGUGCUGGUUCUGAUCUACAACACUGAGGCUGUUCUGGGAGCUGAGGUGAGGACCUCCAUCAUCGGAGGGAGGAACGCUGUAAAGGGCAGCUGGCCGUGGAUGGUCCACAUCAGCAUGACGACAGAGGACGGCAAGACUAAGUGGCGUUGUGGCGGCACCCUGGUCGGCAGUGACUGGGUGCUGACGUCUGCACAGUGCUUGGAUAGCCGACUUCAGCCUUAUCUGCAUCGAUCGAUGGUUUGGGUCGGCUCAUACCAGCUGCAGAAGGCCAGUGCCCGUUACAUGGCUAUAUCCACCUUUGUCCGCCAUCGUGACUACCAGGCCACGAGCGACGGCUACGUCAACGACAUCGCCCUGAUUAAGCUGAAGAAAAAGGUGAAAAUCUCAAACGAUGUUGCCCUGGUACAGCUGCCCAGCGCCGAUGACGUCUUUGGUCCAUCGUCUGACUGUUGGAUCAUCGGCUGGGGGCAGAUUGGAAAUGGUGUUCCACUGCCAAAUCCAGAAACCCUUCAGGAGCUGAAGAUUCCCAUCAUGAAUGAAGCUACCUGCAAGACCAUGUAUCCUCAGCUGACCUCUAACAUGCUGUGUGCUGGGGUCAGUACUGGAGGGAAGGACGCCUGCAAAGGGGACAAUGGCGGCCCGUUGGUGUGUCGUACAGCCAAGGGCUUCGUUCAGGUGGGGAUCAUGAGUUCAGAGGACUGUGGUCGCCCAGGCCGCCCGGGGAUCUACACUCGGGUGUCCAAGUAUCUGAGCUUCAUCAACGGCUACAUCAAGCAGAGCGAGGAAGCUUCAGCUGAGGUCUAGCCUUCCACCUGACAACCUGCUUUACUCCAAAGAUCCUCUCCUGUGCUGUACUGUCACCGUGGCUCGUCCUUACCGCUGGGCGACUCCGGUUCAUUUAACAAAUUUCUUUGCAUUAAAGCUUUGAAGCAUCA